ACAUUCGUAUAUCAUCUGGGAAGCCAAGUUCCUUCCCUCAACACAAAUACAACUUCACCAACGAGCACCUCGCGCUGAACAACGACGGCUUCGAGGACAUCACAGCAGACUAUCUCCAACAAGUCAAAUUUUCAUCGAUGAGCAAGAAGACAACAUAGUCAGACAGCACGAUGGAACCGAAAAUCUGGUCAUCAACGAUAGCCUUGUUUGUCACAUCCUGUCGCUGGUCGCCCUGAAAUUGGCCGCGCCCUUCGCUCGCAAAACGUACAUACCCGUGUGUUCCCAUCUCGAAGUACUCGAUCGUCAAGACAGGACCCUUUGUCCACCUGACUGAGGCAUCUACUUGGAAGUUUCUUGGAAGGGACUUCGCUCCCGCCCCGCCAGUGCAUUGCGCCUUCAACCACAAAAACCAAGCCGUCAUCGUCAUGGAUUGGAUCCAGGGCGCCGACCUCGCAGAGACCUAGGACUCCUACUCCGAUGAAACCGCGAGGCCGUCAUCAAGAAGCUCCGCUCCAUGUUCGACGAGCUAAGGGCGCUCCCUCCAGCCUCCGCGGGGGGAUAUCACGCUGUGUAAGCAGCUCCCUGCAUGACUCUCGCAUUCCCCGAUCAUGGCCGAGAUCCGGGCCAUUCCAGACGAUUCAGGAUCUUGACUUCUGGCUUCGUGGCGAUCUCCGGCUCGAAGAACAUGCUGAGCGCAAUGACGACCAAAAUUGGAAGGAAAUUGAGGACAUGGUUGCGCUAUGGCUAGCCCCCGUUUUCACCCAUGGCGAUGUUAACCCGUUUAAUAUUCUCGUCUGCGGCAACCGCGCUACCGGCAUCAUUGACUGGGAGUUUGCAGGAUGGUAUCCUCACUACUGGGAGUACACCUCGGCCUGGUCCUGGGCCCAAAUGUGACCCUGGUGGCAGCAAGCGGCCGCCGAGUUCCUUGACCCGCACCUCGAGGAAUUGGCCAUGGAGAUCACGCGUCGAAAGUGGUGGGGAGAGAUU